GCUUGGCCCUGAUGAGAGGGCAGGAGAGUGGUGGACGCACAGUACUGUAACUGCAGAACAUUUCAGGCCCCGCUUUGUCACUCCAAACUAAGAAUGGCCCUGUGGUAAUGUGCACCGUCGGCUGUGGGAGCCAUCGAUGCCGCUGUCCUCCCGCCGUGCCUUUGUGAGUCCUGACGGGCCGAGACCCACCACCAUGGCCUCGGCGUUACCCCACUGCACAUCUGUCAGACUCCCCGCUCUGGCGACCGUCGCCCUGCUCCUGAUGUCGGUGACUACCGUGCAGUCCUCCCAAGGCGACAAGGAGCCGGUUUACCGAGACUGUGUGAAGCAAUGUGUCCGGACCAACUGCACCGGAGCUCGACUACGGGGCUUCCAGUCUGCCCAGCCGCAGUACAUGGCGCUGACAGGUUGGACAUGUCGUGACGACUGUCGCUAUCAGUGCAUGUGGACCACGGUGGGCCUUUACCAGGCUGAGGGGUACAGAGUCCCACAGUUCCACGGCAAGUGGCCAUUUGCGCGCUUCCUGUGUUUUGAGGAACCAGCAUCUGCUCUGGCCUCUCUGCUUAAUGGCCUGGCUUGCCUUCUCAUGCUGCUGCGCUAUCGGAGCACGGUGCCACGCCAGAGCCCCAUGUACCACACCAUCAACGCCUUCUCUCUGGUGUCUCUUAAUGCCUGGUUCUGGUCCACAGUCUUUCACACCCGGGACACCUAUCUCACUGAGAAAAUGGACUAUUUCUGUGCGACAGCAGUCAUUCUCUACUCAAUCUACCUAUGCUGCGUCAGAACACUGGGUCUGAGGCGACCUGGGGUGUCCAGCAUGGUGGGAGUCCUGCUUAUCUUGGCCUUUACCUCGCAUGUGUCCUACUUGACCUUUGUCAGCUUUGACUACGGCUACAACAUGGCUGCUAACGCCACCAUCGGCAUGGUAAACCUCCUGUGGUGGCUGUGUUGGUGCUGGCAGAACAGGCGGACCCUGCCAUACUGGUGGAAGUGCGGCCUGGUGGUGCUGCUGCUUCAUGGUCUGGCCCUGCUGGAGCUGCUAGACUUCCCCCCACUGCUCUGGGUCUUAGAUGCUCACGCUGUGUGGCACCUCAGCACCAUCCCAGUGCACUUCCUUUUCUACAGUUUCCUGAUAGACGACAGCCUCUACUUAUUAAACACAGAGAAGAUGGGAGUCAAAGUCGAGUAGGAGGAACUCAUCGCCUCUUCACCACGCCUACGCCCUCACACCCCUCCAAUCAGGGCAGCUGGACACCUGAACACGGAAGUAGCUCAGCCUUCCAGAUGACAUGCAUGACACUACUAUAACUUCCAUCAAAGCAGCCUUUGUUUACAUCUUUCUUGUUUUAAAUUUCUUGUAUUUAUUUUAUUUAAAUUUUUUUAAUUUAAAUGACACUUAUCACCAUUGAUGCUUAACUUCAACAUUGAUUCUGCUUAACUUUGCCUUGUGCUCACAUGUGCACUACCAUCCUUCUGCCAUUUAUCACAACUGCAAAACAGGCCGAAGGAAAAAAAGAUUUCAGAACCAGUUUUUGACUAGUGACGACGAACAAAUGGCAGUUUGCGGUGGCUGACAAUAGAUGGCACCAAAUCACUUGCCAGGCCAUCGUGAACCUACUCUGUGUGGUACAGCAUGUGUCAGGGUCCAUCUGUGCCAAAAGUGGACUGGCGGACACAGAGAGGUGCCCCUUGUGAAGGGGUGGGGGUGGGGGGGUCUGCUAGCAGAUUUAUCUAGAGAGAGGGGGAAGGGGGUUUAUGUUUGGAGGCCAUUCUAGCUGACUGUGUUUUUUUUUUCUCUUUUCUCACCAUCACACCUUUAUUUUUGUGCCUCUGUUGUUUCCAUUGCUGCUUUUCUUUCUUAUAUUCUUCAUCAUCAUCUUAGAAUUUUAUUUUCUUCUUCAUAAGUUGCCUUAGUUGUUUUGAUUUCGUUGUUGUUGACCAAUUUGUGCUUUAUUCUGUUGACAGUUUUGCUUUGAUCACUUGAUUUUUAAUUUGGGUUGGGAUAUUCCUGAUGGUCAUAAAAUGGAAAUAUUAUUUUCAUUCACCUGGAUUGCCUUUUAGUGUAAGCGAAAGGAGAAAGUGAUUGAGGGUUUUUGUUUUUUUUUUUACAUCUAGAGUUUCUAAUAAAUUCUGGGGUUAGGAGGUGUGUGUGUGUGUGUGUGACAGAGAGAAUGAGUGUUUAGGUUUUCAUUUGACACCCAUUAUUUUUGAUUUGGUUGCAUUUCUGGCUGCAAUAUUCCUCAAAAUGACACCCACACACAACCAGCUGCUUUACAGAUAACUGCCCCAUCAUGUAAAACACUCCACUUCCACCCAUGUCUGCCUUACACACUGUAUCGGCACCUGCUUGUCAAUGAGCAGGUUUCUUCUUUUUUUGUAUCAAAUAUCUUUUAUUUUUCUCUCAGCAAAACUCUAAUGAACACUCUUGAAUUCAUACCAUGUAUGUGUUCACCCCUCAGAGUUCCACUCACAUAUGUGCACUUUACAGGUGUGUGUGUCUGUGUACACAUUUACAUGCGUUUCUGUUUGAAAUUCUGCCCAUGCCUUUGUAUUUCUGUAUGAGAAUGCGAACAAUGGCCAGUAUGUGUGUACACGUUGCCUUGACUGGACAUUGUGUUGUUUUUGCCGUCCUAAACUGAAUCACUGUGCGUGUGUGUGUGAGAGCUAGAUUGUGCUCGAUCCUUUUGUAAAAGUACUGGUGUGUAUGUGUGUGUAUGUAUAUGUUGAAGGUUUGCUGCGUGAAUGUGUGUGAGAUGAUGGGUAAAUUUAGCUUUGCUGACAGCCUGUGAUGGGGGUGGGGGAAGAUAGAGGACGAAAGACACGGAGAGGUUGUCAUUGGUCUGGGUGGCAAAAAGAUUCCUGAAAUCACUAUAGAAAUAUUAUCCUCAUGAGACAUGAAACACUUUGUAUUACGAUUUUAUUUGAUUGUUGGCCAGCAUUGUGUAUAUUGGUUAAUGGUUAAUAUUGGUUUAUAUUUACUAACUACUGAUACUCACGAAAUGGUGUCUGUGGCCCAGUUAUGGCAACAAACAUCUAAAAAGCAAAAAGAAGAAAUGCCCAUAUGAACAAAAUCUCAUUUCAGUGUAUCACAAAACCAUGACCUAUUUAAAGCUGCAAAUACUUUGUCUGCUGCUGAAAAAUUAACUUGCUCAAUCAUUUCACUUGUAUCUGUUUCCAGAGAAAUUAGCACUAUUAACUUCAGUUUUUGCUCUGUAAAUCAUUUUGUUUGUUCGUGUCCUUCUUCCUUACUAGUAACCACGUCCCUCCUCUUCCUCCACUCAUCUGCUGCCCCCUGCCUGCUGCCCUGUGCACUAUCAUCUCUCCUACUGAGUGCACUUUCCUCCACCUCACAUCGAAUAUCUGACCAAAAAAACAAAAAAAUCUUAAUGAAAUGGAACAAAUAAAAGUAU